AUGAACGGCCAUCGCAAAUUAACUCUUUACGAAUAUCAAACAAAAUUAAGGCAAAUCCAAGAACACAGAAGUCCCAAGUCGAAUAAAUUUCAUACUCCCUAAUAAAAGGUUAAUUUUGGUUCCCCGAAAACGCAAAUUGUUUCCAAAAAACAAGAGCAAAGACUAUUUUCGGAUAGAUCCACAUCUACAUAUUAAAAUUUAAAUCUUCCUUUCUCAUCUAAAAUACCCAAGUUUUCUAAACUACAAUCUUUGGAUGAAGAGUCUAAACAAUCUGAAACUUUGAUCAAACAUCAGAUAGUUGAAUAGAAAAGUUCGAAAUAAGAGGGGAUAGACAAAUUAAGGAUACAAUUGAAUGAACAAUUUUUAAAAGAAAGCUCCUGUAACAGAGCAGGAGCUUGUCUUUAAUUUCUUGAACCUACUCUUGUUCAUAAUCUAUGUAAUAAUAUGAAAUAAAUUUUAGUAAACCUAUCACCUAAGGUUAAAAUAAAUUCAGGCCUUCGUGCAUCUAUUUCAUCAAAAGAUUUGAAUGGUAACACAGCUCUACAUUUUGCAGCCAGAAAUGGAAACACUCAUCUUGUUCAAGCUCUAUUAUACAAAGAAAUUCAAAUAGAUGAAUAGAAUGAGGAUAAAAUGACACCAUUACUUUUAAGUGCUUAUUAGUACUAAUUUAUAUAUUAACAUAGUGGAAAAUUAGAAACUUUAUAAAUAUUAGUCAAUGUUGGUGCUAACAUUAAUCAUCAAGAUAUUCAUGGAAACUCUGCUCUUCAUUAUGCUUGUAAGUUUAAUUUUAAAUCUAUUGUGUAAUUCUUACUCUAAAAAGAGAGUGUUGUCCUAUUAAAAAAUUUAGAUUAAAAGUAUCCAGAUUAUUAUAUUGAAGAUUCAGAAAUUGCUCAAAUAUUCAAAGAUUAUUUAGAGUAAUCAAAAAGUAAUUAUAUUAUUUAUAUUUUAUAGAAAAACAAACUAAAGAAGUUACAAUUCAAACAAUAUAAACAGAAACAAUAUUAAAAAUGUUUUAAAGAAAAAAUGUAAAAUAAAUAAAAAAUUUAAUUAAAACAAGUAAGUCAUAAAACAAUCUGGAUAAAAUUUAGGAGUCAUCUCCUAAAGUAAAACAAUUAUAAACUAAAUUACAAUAACUUGAAUAAUUUAAAACUUAGAUGUAAGGAUUAAAAAGGUAAACAACUUUCUCAACUAAUUAUUCUGAAUCUUGUAAAAAUUUGAAAGAUGAAGAGGAAACAUCUUUAUCUUAAUUUUAGAUAUUAGGUUUAAUUGGUAAAGGUAGUUUUGGUCAAGUAUAUCUUGUAAAAAGAUUAAACUAAUUUUAUGCUAUGAAAGUUUUAGAUAAAACAAUGAUUUUAAGUAAAUAUAAAUAAAUAAUUUAGAACAUAAUUUAUUUCGUUAUGCAUAAACAGAAAGAAAUGUAUUAUCAGUAACUUCUCAUCCUUUUAUAGUAAAGUUAAGAUAUGCUUUUUAAACAUCAGAUAAAUUAAUUAUGAUUUUAGACUUUUGUCCUGGAGGAGAUAUGGGAUAACUUUUGGAAGAGAAAAAAAGACUUCCAGAGGAAUUAGUAAAAAAUUACAUUUGUGAAGUGAUUUUAGCUUUGGAAGAUUUACAUUAAAGAGAUAUCAUUUAUAGAGAUUUAAAACCAGAAAAUAUAGUAAUUGAUGCUGAUGGACAUGCUAUGCUAACUGAUUUUGGACUUUCAAAAGAAGGAAUAUUUGAUGCUAAUUAAGGAGCAAAAUCAUUUUGUGGAUCUGUUGCUUAUUUAGCACCGGAAAUGCUUAAAAGAUAAGGUCAUGGAAAAGCUGUUGACUGGUAUUUACUUGGAGUAGUCAUGUAUGAACUUUUAGUUGGAGUACCACCUUAUUAUGAUAAUGAAAAAGAAUAGCUUUUUCAUAAUAUAGAAAAUGCUAUUCUCAAAAUCCCUUCGUAUAUAUCAUCUGAAGGUAGAAACUUGAUUAAAUCAGUAAUUAUUAUAUUCAUAUUUAAUAGCUUCUUCAAAGAAAUCCUAUCAAAAGAUUAGGAUCAGGAGUAGGUGAUUCUAAGGAAAUCAAGUAACAUCCUUAUUUUUCAGAUGUUGAUUGGGUUAAGGUUAAAAAUAAAGAAUUGGAACUUCCUAAACCAACAAGAAAGAUUAGAAUAGAUACAUAAGCUAGUCACAAUCUUUUUUAACCUGAACAUUUGGAACUAUCAUCUCAUGUUAAUGGUUGGUCCUAUGUUCAUACAGAAUUUUGA